AUGGUGAAUGUAACAACUCCAUCUCUUCCUGGAAUAUUUGAAUCAGGAAGGGAUGAUAAUCAAGCUAAACAAGAGAGCAACAUCCCAGACGUUGAUGCAACAAACAAUGAUCAGUCUAUCCCAAACUUUGGUGAUAAAUCUGAGGCUGACGAAAAGAGGAAGGCUUCCUUAUUAAAGGGAGCCAAUGACAUUGAAGUUGGAAGCUCUUCUUCCGCUAGUGAUCCUUCAGCCCCUCCUCCUUCCAAGAAAAGAAAGCUCACUAUUGAUGUGGAAGAUUUAGCUAAAGACUAG